UCAGGGACAGAAGACCGAUACGUGGCAACAAGUGACUAGUCUGGAUUCAAAAAAGAAAAAAUAUGUUGAGAGAAAAGAAAAGUAUUAGAUCGUGCAUAGUUGCCACCAUCAAGCUUCUCCUCCUCCUCCUCAAAAGAAUGGCUAUGUACCUUCUCUACGAGUCUUCUUCUGGCUAUGGCCUCUUCGAGGCGCACGGUCUUGAUGAGAUUGGAGGUUCUACCUCCAAUGGGGGUUCUACCCAUUUUCUUGUUGUUCACGCAUAGUUCUUUUUCUAUUUUGAUCAAGUAUGUGUUGUUUUGGGAUCAGCCUUGAACUUUUCUUGUUGCUCACGUGUUGUUCUUGUUUUAUUUUAUCAAGUGUUUGUUUGGGAUGAUCAGCCUUGAAAUUUUUAUGUUAUUCAUGCAUGUUUCUAUUAUAUAUUACUUUAAACUUAUUUUUAUGAAAUGUUGCAGAAACAGAACACUGUUUUGAUGGAAAGUCUACAACUUAUGGCUUUUCAGGAAUGCUUCCUCUUUUCAAACUUGAAGAGAAUGAUGGUGGAUGUCUCGUGAAUGGACAAGUGAUGAUUGUUGCAGAUUUGGAUGUUUUCGAAGUAAUUGGCACAUUUGAUGAUAAUGCUGCCGAGUCUAAUGAUUCACUCAAGAAAACCUCACCUGUGAACAAUGCCAAUGGAACAAAACAGGUGUACGAAAAUUAAAUUAAAAAGUUGAGAAGAGAUGUUUGUUUUCACGGACAGAACUGGAAAACAGAUUUACUGUCUUGAGGGCUCCAAAGAUUGAUGUUUAAUCUACAUCCUUGCAGGUUGAAAGUUCUGUUAAAAAAAAACCCUCCAAAGAAGAAGAAACGUUGGCUCAGAACAAGAGAGGAAAUUAUCGGGACUGUUGAGUAAUGUUUCUAAACCGACCGUGGUUUGGUUUGGUUUGGUUUGGUUUGGUUUGAAUUUGUACAGCUUAAAAAGCCAUUUCCUUUCAUUUCAACCCUAAAUUUCUAUCACAGUCUUCGAGUCCACUUGAGACACUUUUCACAAACUUUGUAAUCCAAUUCGAUUCCCUAUCAUCCUCUAUGUCAAUGGGUGAGCAAGUUGAGAAGAGAUUCACAUGGGUUUUGAAAAACUUCUCAGACUUGCAAGACGAGCCUAGCUACUCUCGCCCAUUCCUCUUCGCUGGUUGCAAUUGGCAUAUAAUUGCUUACCCCAAGGGGUAUGACAAGUGCAGACACUUAUCUCUGUAUCUGGGUAUUGUAAAUCCUGAAUCUUUACCAUCAGGAUGGAGAAGAGAAUUGAAGUUUCGCCUCACUCUUGUUAAUAAGGUCUGGAGCUGUGAUACCAAAGUAUUAGAAGGGCAACGGUGGUUCGAUGCAAGUAGUAGCGUUUGGGGGUUUAAAGAGUUCAUGCCCCUUUCAACGAUUCGUUACAGAGAUAAUAAAUUUCUGGUUGGUGACAAGAUUGUUAUUGUCGCUGAACUACACCUUUUUCCACUUGUUGUGGAAACUGUGAAGAUUAUUCAACCUCUGAGCUGCAAUGAAGGAAGCCAAGUUGCUGCUGGAAAAUCUCAGAAUGCUGAUGCAUCUCAAGAGAAAGUAGUAGACUUUGAUGUCUCUCAGGAUGUCGAUGCAUCUAAAGAGGGUUUGGAUGAUGAUGGGGCAUCUGAAGAGAAUGUUGAUGAUGAUGAUGAUGAUGGGCCAUCUCAAGAGGGCUCAGAUGAUGAUGGUGCAUCGGAAGAGGGCUCUGGUGAUGAUGAUGCUUCAUCUCUUGUUUCUGAAGAUGGAAGUAGUGAGAAAGGUUCUUUGAAGGACGGAGCUCUUACAGUAGGAAACUGUGGUGUGAAGCGUAACAAUGUGGCAUCUGAGACUGAGGUUUCCAAUGUGGAUUAUGAUGAUGCGCCUAUAGAGGAUCCAGGUGAUGAUGAUGUAAUUGAAAAUGAUCAGGGUGAUGAUAAUGCGUCAUCUCUUGCUUCCGGUGUCAGUGAGAGAGAUGUAGGCUCUCUAAACAAAUUUGAUGACGCCUCUCAGAGGGAAGAUGAUGGUGAUAUGAAGUGUAAUAAAGUAGCAUCUGUUACUGAGGCUUCCAAUGAUCUUCCGGAGGAGGUUCAACCAGUAGAGGAAACCAAAGAUGUUAAUGGUUUUCAGGUUUUAUCUUCACAGGUAGAAUCAGUGAGCCAUAUAUUCAGAAGACACCCUGACAUAGCAUUAGGCUUCCGUCCAAAGAACCAAGCGAUCAGAAAAGCUUACAUGAAUGAACUCCUUAGCCUCAUCGAGAUGAUGUGCCAGUCACCACACAAACUCUCCGAGGAUGAUCUGAGCAAUGCUGAUGACACACUGGCUGAUCUGAUUGAUGUCGGUUUUAAAUUGGAUUGGCUGAAGAUAAAGCUGAAUGAGGUUUCAGAGAAGAAGAAGAAGGAAAAGGGUAGUGACGCUCGGCUAAGAACAAUGGAAGAACAGUUGCUGAAGCUGAAGCUGAUGUUCUUGGAUCUUGAAACUCAGCUGCAGAAGGAAAAGGAAGAGGCUUUGGCUGCAAGAGCUCCAUUCUCGUUCAACGAUGUUGUGUAUUGAUUUUGAGACUGCGUUUGAUUGUGUUUAAACUAUAUUACUCCUUGCCUUCUUUGUUUCGUAGCAGUAAAAUUUUCUC